UCCAUUAUUUCACUUCCCUGCAAGUUUUCUCUCGAUGUUGAGUGGAAUAUCAAAGCACCAUUUCGGUGCAUAUCCAGCCCUUCUUUUUCUAGUCAUCCUAGCCGGCCACCAGAGUUGCAGUGCUAGAAAGAACAGUACUGUUGACUGUGCCCCAUCUUGUGGCAAUAUCCAUAUUAGCUACCCUUUCCGACUAAGUACCGAUCCCAAUAGCUGCGGCAACAAAAAAUAUGAACUUACUUGUGAAAACAACCGCCCAGCUUUAUACUUAAAGGGGGUAAGAUAUUAUGUCCAGGCAAUCAAUUAUUACUCUGAAUUCACAAUUCAACUUGUGGAUGCUGAUGUUCAAAAGCAUGGUUGCUUCUCCAUCCCUCGUCAUUCUUUUAUGAUGAGAUAUCUCAACGGCGACAAUAUUGAUCAUUAUUAUCCAUAUGGUGUUACAGUUUACGGUUCCUCUUUUACAUUAGUUUUUAUAAGUUGCCAAAAUCCAAUACCGAGUCCUCGAUUUAAUUCCGUCAAUACUUCUUCCUGCAAAAAUGGCAGUAUUUCUUCUCCCACCUUCCGCCACGUGGAAGGUUAUUCCUAUGUGAUGGUUGCUGAGCAUAUAUACGUUGCUGACGUACCGGACGUAUGCCGUAUAAAUUUCAUUUAUGAAGCGACUUCAUCAAUUACUGAACAAAAAAAUAUUACCAACAUGUCUUUGAUAGAUGUCCAAGAUAUUUUGGCGUAUGGCUUUGAGCUUUCAUGGGAGCAGGAUGCUUGUGGUUAUAUCAAAGAGAACGGCUCCAUCCUUGAUGACGCCAUCAUGCGCGCCUACUGUGGUGAUCCACGCAGAAUUGGUUCUCCCAUCAAAGUUGCAAUAGAUUUCCUGGCUAAUCGUAUACUCGCUUACGUUGCCAUAUGGCCGCUAAGCAGGUAUUUACAAGAUAGCUUCUGGAUUGAAUAUAACAGCUUUGGACAACCGCGAUUGGAAUUCACCUUUUAUAUAAACGGAGUUUCUACUACGAAGACGAUCUCUUCAGAUUUUCUAAGCACUCUCAUAGUUUUGCUCCUUACCCUACUUGUGCUCCUUGUUCCCAUCGGGAUAUAUCAUAUAUUAUUAUUCAUUUGUGGGUUUCCAUGUCUGAUAACCUUAUUGGUCUAUACAUGGCGAAGAAGGCAUUUAUCAAUGUAUGGUAACAUAGAAGAAUUCUUGCAAAGUCAUGAUCAUAACCUCACGCUUAUAAGGUACUCUUACUCGGAGAUUAAGAAGAUAACUCACGGAUUCAACAACAUGUUAGGUAAAGGAGGUUAUGGCUCGGUGUACAAAGGAAAGCUUCGUAGUGGCCGUUUGGCGGCUGUAAAAAUUCUAUGCAAAGGAAUAGCUAAUGAGCAAGAAUUUAUCAAUGAAGUUGCCACCAUUGGAAGAAUUCACCAUUGCAAUGUGGUGCAGCUCAUAGGCUUUACUGUUGAGGGCUCGAAGCGUGCCCUUAUAUAUGAGUUCAUGCCUAAUGGAUCUCUUGAAAAGUAUAUUUUUUCUAAGCAAGGUUGCAUACCGCUGAGUAACCAGAAAAUAUAUGAAAUUUCUCUUGGUGUGGCUCGUGGCAUUGAAUAUCUACAUCAAGGUUGUGACAUGCAGAUUUUGCAUUUUGACAUCAAGCCUCACAACAUUCUUCUCGAUGAAAAUUUCACUCCAAAGGUCUCAGAUUUUGGACUUGCAAAAUUAUAUCCAACUAAUAAUAGCGUUGUGUCCUUUACUAAGGCUAGAGGAACGUAUGGAUACAUGGCUCCUGAGUUAAAUUUCAGAAGCAUCGGAGGCGUCUCUUACAAAGCCGAUGUCUAUAGUUUUGGGAUGUUGUUGAUGGAUAUGGUUGGGAGAAGAAAAUAUAUGAAUGCAUUGAAAGAUCAUUCAAGCCAGAUGUACUUCCCUUCAUGGAUUUAUGACCAGGUUAAUGAAGGAAGGGAUAUACUUGAAGAUCAAGCGACAGAGCAAGAAAAGAACACAAUAAAAAAGAUUACUAUUGUGGCAUUAUGGUGCAUACAAUUGAAGCCUAUUGAUCGUCCCUCGAUGCACAAAGUUAUACAGAUGCUUGAAGCAGAUAUUGAAUCUCUACAAAUGCCUCCUAAGCCUUUUCUCGUUCCACAACAAACAUCAAAUGAUGAUAGGAUCAAUAUGGCUAAUCCAACAAGUUUAAGAGAUGCGUCAAAUGUUUGUAGCAUUGAUUCUUCAUAUCAGUUUGGUCGUUGAUAUAAAUACUCUUGUAUGUUUUUUUAUUUAAGUAAUAUGUUAAAUUUUGUAUGCCUUAACUAUCUGAA